CCAUCUCAAAAUAAACUAUUGAAAGUUCAACAAUCUAGCAAAAUUCGUGAAAACCAUCAUUAGCCAUCCUCUCAUCUUGUGGUUGAGAAAACUGAAUGGGACAUCAUGCGAAGAUUCAUAAAUCUUGAUGGUGCAAUAUUUAUAUCAUUCUGCUUAUGUAGGUGGAAUAAUAGUGGUCCCCUUUGUGGUACUGGCAUUCCAAAAAAUAUCUGUUGGUGAAAAAAAAAUAGAUCUGCAUUUUUCUUACAAUUGAUUCAUUCUUUUGGUUGCCUUUUUGUUGCUUACUUUCUUGGUUUCACAUAUUUGGAUUCAGCCUUAAGGUCGGACAGGAGAGAAAGUGAAGUUGUUUUCAUUGAAUAUGUUCCUGCUUCUUUUCAUCUUGUUGUCAGCUGUUAGCGUUGUAGCUGACGAUAUAUCUCCAGGCUCAACGCUUUACGCCUCAAAUCCAGAACAGUCGUGGAAUUCUCCUAACAACUCUUUCUCACUUUCCUUCAUUCAAGAAUCUGAAAACACAUAUUUUGCUGCCAUUAUCUAUAAUGGUAACCCCAUCUGGAAAGCAGGUGGUGAUCCUGGUGGGGCUGUUGAUUCCUCAGCUGCACUUCGCUUCCUCCCAGACGGAAACCUCCAGCUGGUGGCAGGGUCAACAGGUUCUUUAGUAUGGCAAUCCGGCACUUCUGGACUAGGCAUCACCUCUGCUUCACUUGAGGAUUCAGGUAAUUUUGUACUCAAGAACGGGAGUUUUCCCAUUUGGACAACUUUUGAUAAUCCAACUGAUACAAUUCUCCCUGGACAAAAUUUCACUGUUGAUCAUGUUCUGCGAUGUGGGUUGUACUCUUUUCGUCUGUUAAGGUCAGGGGUAGCUCUCCAGUGGAAUGAUUCCAUAGUGUAUUAUACCUCUUCAGGGAUUAACACAACUGGUAGCUUAAACUUGACUUCACCAAGUCUAGGCAUGCAGCCAGUUGGGAUAUUUUCGCUUUAUGAUCCGUUGCUUUUGACUCCUGUAAUUAUGGCUCGAGAUAUUGACUAUGGUGAAGUAAUUGAUAACACUCUAAGGUUUGUGAAGUUGGAUUGUGAUGGGAAUAUGAGGAUUUACAGUUCUGCAAUGAGUAGUGGAAGGGGAAGUAAGGUUGUGACAUGGACUGCUGUCAGUGAUCAGUGUCAGGUUUUUGGUUAUUGUGGGAGGUUUGGAGUUUGCAGGUACGAUGAGUUUAAUGUUAAUCCAACCUGCAGUUGCCCAUCAGAGAAUUUUGAUCCUAUCGAUCCGAGGGAUGCUAGGAAGGGAUGUAAGAGGAAAGUGGAAAUUCAAGGUUGUCAAACAACAAUGUUAUCUUUGAAUAAUGCUUUGUUCUUGACAUUCCAGCCAGAAAUCAGUUCAGAUCUCUUUACGGCGAAUAUCAGGGCUUGCCCAUCAUUAUGUCUCGCUGAUACUUCGUGUGUAGCCUCAACUUCCUUGGCAGACGGAACAGGAGUUUGUUACAUGAAAAGAUCAGCAUUUAUCAGCGGAUAUCAGUCUCCAACGUUCACUAGUACGUCAUAUGUGAAAGUCUGUGAGCCUGCCAUGCCAAAUCCUCCAUUCUCUUCUAGUAGAAGUGACAAAAAAUCUGAAGCACUGAAGAUUGCUGUUGUGGUUCUGGGCUGCAGUUUGGCUCUGGUCAUUCUAGUGGUUGGUUUUUUGUGGUUGUAUCGGAGGUCUAAACCAAAAUAUGAAAGUUUACUUCCUCAUUAUUCAGUUUCUGACUAUGCAUCUGGUGUUCCUGUUCAAUUCUCAUACAAGGAGCUCCAACGUGAAACGAAAGGCUUCAAGGAAAAGCUGGGAGAAGGAGGAUUUGGGUGUGUUUAUAAAGGAACCCUCUCAAAUAAAAUGGCUGUUGCUGUAAAGCAGCUGGAGGGAAUUGGCCAGGGAGAGAAACAGUUCAGAAUGGAGGUUGCAACAAUCAGCAGCACACACCAUCUAAAUUUGGUGAGGUUGAUCGGAUUUUGCUCAGAAGGCCGACACAGGUUACUGGUGUAUGAGUUCAUGAAAAAUGGCUCUCUCGACAGUUUUCUGUUUACUUCAAAAGACAAGAACGUUCUAAAUUGGGCACAUCGGUAUAGCAUUGCCUUGGGGACUGCAAGGGGGAUCAUGUAUCUGCACGAGGAGUGCCGUGACUGCAUUCUUCACUGCGACAUAAAGCCUGAGAACAUUCUCUUGGACGAAAACUACAAUGCAAGAAUCUCUGAUUUUGGGCUUGCAAAGCUCCUGAACCUGAACGACCAUAAGCACCGGAGCCUAAUCACCGUGAGGGGAACCAGAGGGUACUUAGCUCCAGAAUGGGCCGCGAAUCUCCCAAUAACUUCAAAAGCUGAUGUGUACAGUUAUGGAAUGGUGUUGUUGGAGAUAGUAAGUGGAAAGAGGAACUUCGAAGUUUCUCCCGCUACGAAUCACAAGAAGUUCACAUUGUGGGCGUAUGAAGAGUUUGAGAAGGGCAAUAUAGAGGGAGUCCUUGACAAACAGCUCAUAGAAAGUGAUAUAGACAUGGUGCAAGCAAUGAGAGUCAUCAAAGUAAGCUUCUGGUGCAUUCAAGAACGGCCGUCGUUUAGGCCUACGAUGGGAAAAGUGGUGCAAAUGCUUGAAGGGAUUGCUGAUAUACAUAAACCACCUCCACCUGUGGCUCUGGUUGAAGGAUCAGCACCAGCUUCAUCAGUUUAUUCAUCCCAAAUGUCAGCAAUCUCAUCUUUAGCUUCAGAAUGAAAGAUGUGGAGGGAAAUCUUGAUUGAGUGUGUCAUCAACAGCUUUCCUUAUGCCUGGAAAUACUGAGUAGGACUUGGAAGAAUGAUAGCCAAAGUUGAUUCUGUAAGAACCCUUUGAUGAAUAUGAUUUGUUUAGUCUUUUGUUGUCUUUUUCAGAUGUGAAAUCAGAAACGGUUGUGUGAUUUUGUAGUCAUAGUCUUUGUAAUACUUAAUGAUUCUUAAUUUAAA